UUGAAUUCUGGGACGUAAACUAAAAGCGCCAUUUCCUGGAUUUUCAAAGCGAUGAAGCUCACGAAUUUUGGAUGAUUAUUCGCACACUGUGGAUGACAGGUGACAGUUUUUCGUCACAACAUUUGCAAAGAUUUAGAAAAGUAUUGUGUACAGUUGCACAAUGAUUGAGAGUGUACAAGCACGUCAGCGAGGGGCGAUUGACUUUGAGGGUCACUAUGACAACCUGUGUGCCAUGCAGGAUUCCUGCCCCCUGCCAGCUGUAAAAGCACAUCUAGGUCAGGGGGUGCUUGACCUCAAUGGAGACAGGGUCAGAGCUAAUGACUGGCAGCCAGUCCUCAACACUCUCCGUAUCAACAAGAACCUGGAGUUUAUAGCCUUCCGCAGCUACUACCAGCCUCCCUCUGAGGACAAUGAGAAGAAGGCGAUGAUAGAGAAGAGGAAGAUGCCCGCUGUACGGUCCAAAGAAAUCACUUACCGGUUAUGUAAAGCUCUGAAGGAAUGUCUGGUGAACACUCCUACGCUGUCCUGUUUGGAACUGCAGGGUCUACCACUCCGAGAACGUGAUAUGUCAACGCUAAUGAAGGGCCUGGUAAAGAAUACCACGCUGAAUCAUCUGUCUUUGGAAUACUGUCGCAUUGGAGAUACCGGUCUGGAGAUUGUUUGUAAGGGUAUCAAGAAUUCUACAACCAUCAACUCUGUGAAUUUCACCGGCUGUAGUCUGACAGGGCGCGGCUCCGAAUCCUUGGCUAAAGUUAUAAAGCACCAGGCGAUGAAGCGUCACAAUGAGGCAUGGCGGGACAGUCUACGUUACAGACGGCCUGACCUUGACCGCAUGCCAGGCAUUCGUCGGAUCACCAUCAAUAACAACCCCAUGUUAGGUGAUCAGGGCACAAGUCUACUGGCCGAAGCUCUUAAGGAUGACCUGUGGCUCAAAGCAUUGGAUCUCCAAGGGUGUGGUAUUUCUACGACAGGAGCCAAGGCAUUACUCGACGUACUCAAAUAUAACACGACAGUGGUGGUACUCGACGUAAGACGCAACCCUCUCAUAGAUCGUGAUGUGGUCCACUCCAUCAUGGAACAGCUGAUGAUUAACUGUAAUGGUCAAGACACUGAGUACAAAUGGAUCAAGGCAGACGACGGCUUGGAAGGGGGAAAGUUCAAGUCUGCCAAGAAACGUCGGACAAAGACCUUGAACUCAAGUUUUGGCCGUAAAGCUACCAUCAGGAUAUCUGCUGGAGCAGCACGGCGACGGACGAAGUCGGCAGGGGCAGUAGGUGUUGCCAGACGUCUCCAGCUGAACAACGACGGUGCCAAGUCUGGAAUGCCAUGGAGAACUGCUGCUAGAGCCAACAGAUACAGGGGAUUUCCCCCAGAACACAUUCCAGGAAAAGCCAGUUUGUUUGAGAACAGUGAAGCCUCGCCUAACACAUCCCCGGACCACUCCGCCUCCGUACUAUUCACCCACGACGAUCUGGAGGAUGAGGACACGCUAAGGGAGCUGGAGAAAGUCGUCCUGGACGACAGCGCCCUUUCCACUGGGAUCAACAGUGCAAAAGAGCUACAGAUAGAACUGAUACAGAUGAAGAGACAACUACAGCAGGAAAGACUGGCGAGAGCAAAAUGUGACAAGAAAAUCAUUGAGUUGUCUAUAGAAAAUCGGCGACUGCAGGAUGACUAUGACCGUUUGAGAAGGAGUCAGUUUGGGGGCGGUGUUCCCGGGGGCAACAUUCUGGAUGAUGACAGCACACUGGAGAGUAUAGAGGGCGCCUUCAAACAAUUUCACCAGUUCCUCGACCUUCUGAAGGACGCAGGUCUCGGACAGUUGAUCACGAUGGCAGGACUUGACCACAAGGAAUCUCCAUUUGUCAGUGCUAGUCAGCUCCCAGUCACCAGGGGACAAAGCUAUAGUCAGCAACCAAAAUCAUCUACGCCAUACAACAACUCGACAGCAAGUCGCAUCCCACCACGCCCCGCUAAACCCAUAACAAAUACCAACGGUUACCUUGGCGAUAUCUCAUCUAGCAAUAAAGUGGCCACCUCUGGAUUUUCUGGUGGAACGUUUAGUGUCCCUGCAGCCAAAGACCCCACAAUGGCAGGACAUUUUGAAGGGACGUAUAACACAGCUGAUCAGGCAAAACACGAUGAGCUGUACGAAAGAAUUUUACAGGAAACCUCAAAUGCGUUCAACCAUAACCGCGUGGAGGCUUUAUCGGCUGGUUUGAAAUCCAAGGGUGAGGCCGAAAGCAAAAAUAAACAGGAAAACGGUGAUGCUGGGAAUAACGACAAAACAAAAGAAUGGAGUAAGAAACUAGGAGAAGAAAUAGUGUUUGAUGCAAGCGAGAUGGACGAUUCCUCUAAAGGUAGUCGCCCUGUACCAUUACCAAGGGGCAAGUCAGUCGAGGAGGAGGGUCCAAAUUCACAAAAAGUUAAACCGUCAGACAAUAGUAAACCCGGUGAGACAGUGGGUCCUGGUCCCAGGGACGGGUCACGCAUGAGUGAUUACAACUACAGUAUGGACAGUUUCGAACCGUCAUACCUAAGCGAGCGAGGGGAGGUGGUUAGAUUUGAUGGUGAUUUUGACACGUAUGGAAGUUCGCCAUCACCCCCACCCCAAAUUAUAGAAAGUGAAGAAAACGAUUUUUAGGGAAAAAAAUAUUUAAUUUUUACUGAUAACAACACAUUCUAACAAAAUAUUUUAAAAAAGCAGAAAGGUUUUGAUAAUUUUUUUUUUCUUUUCUUUUUAUCGAUUUUUGUUGAAGCGCUUGACAUAAAGAUUCUCAAUUUGAUUUUUUCUGAAAUUUCUUUGUAGUGUAUAGGGUUAAGCAGUUUAAUGUUUCACAAAAAUAUUUAUCAGAAAUUUUACCGUUGUAAUGAAAUGAUCUCUGAUCAUCCGUCCAAAUACUAACUACCUUGUUUUUUCUCUGUUUUGUUAAAUACAAAAUGCUCAUGUAAAGUAUUCUGCUUGCUUGAAAUUUUGGCCAAAAGGAAAACCAACAAUUAGUACACAAAUAUAAAUGGCACUCGACAAAGGAUGCGUGAGGUCAAACUGUAAAACAUUUUAGGCUAUAACUUACUCAAUAGAAUAGGUGCUGUCUAUACAGUACGUGUGAUGAUUCUCCUGUUUCCUAUUUAAUGAGAACUUCUGUUUCAUGUAACAUUACAUGUGUUUUACUGGUAGACGUGCUGAGAACUGAUAAUCAGUCUGGUCGACUUGCGACAUUACUGGGACAGGAAUCUGAGGAAUAUUUUUUUCUCUCAAAGCAAUUUUCUCUGAAACAAUGGUGUGUUUAAAAUUUUUUUUUUUUUUUUUUUUAAUUUGAUUUUGUGUACCUGUAAUAAGGUGAAAUGGGGGUCUUCCUAAGAUUGUAAAUAAAACAUGUUUAUAUAGCCGUGGAUGUGAGUAGCAUUACAGCCUCAAACUACAACAUAAACGUAGCCGAUUCAUUUAAAUAGAGACGAGUUCCGACCUCUAUAUAAAUAGUUAUGAGUGCCAAGUUUUGGUUGGCAAGAAAUACCGGUUUUAUACAUAUGUACCUGAACAUUUUAUUGUAAAGGUGAUAAACUUAGAGCAGUGUAAGAGUGUUCCUUUAAUACUUUAACCUGGAAGAUACAUUUCUUGUGAUUUGAAGUUUGAUACUGGUGAUGUUGAUAGUGUUGGGGUACUGUAAGUGGUUAACACAACAAUAUUUUAUAUUGACACAUGUUGUAUGUUGUAAAAUGUCUUCUUGGGGAACCUGCAUGUUCAAAUUGUUAACGGAGUCUGUUUCACAAAUGUUACUUAAAAUAUUUCAAAAUAACAGCUUUCACAAAUGUUAAUUAAAAUAUUUCAAAAUUACAGUUUCUCAACAUCCAUAAACUAUCAACCUUUAUUGUGGCCUCGAUUUCGUUGACAUGUUUGAACGCUAGGUCGUAAUGACGGUACUCUUGUGUAAUUGUUAAUUAGGUUUUUCAGUAAAACUUCAUUCCAGAGGUAAGGUCUCUCUAGUUUUUUCAGUAAAACUUCAUUCCAGAGGAAACAUCUCUUUAGUUCUAGAAUUUUAAUUGUAUAUUACUUUAAUUCGGUCAACACGUCCCCCAUAAUGAUGAACUAUUUAGUGUAUAUCUGUUUACAGAAAUCAGUUUUUGGUUUUAUUUUAAUUUUUCUUGUUGUUUUUGUUGAUAUUCCCUGAAUUUUUUCCUUUAUCUGUGAUAUAUUUCCUGGAUGCAACGUAAAAUAAUUUUCUUAAUUUGAUGAUUGUAUUGAGCAUCUCUGUCACAAUGUACAAGUCAAUCGCAAAGCCUCUUUACUGUGUUGAAUUUGGAAAUUAUCAUUUUGAUACAAUUCAGCAAAUUUAAAUUGUUGAAAUUAUUUGUUAUAAUCAUGUAAUGCAUUUGUAUAUUAAUGAGGUGAGAAUGUUUUGUGAGAUAUCAUAUUUAUAGGUUAAAUUGAAAUAUCUUUCAAAUAUUUCUUGUAUACAUUUUAACCAGGCGAACACAUGUAAUGUUGCAUAACUAAUUACAUGUACAAACCUGCUGUUGUUUAUAUAAAUAAGUUAUAUAGUAGAUAUAUAAUAAUCUCCACGUAACACAUAUACUGAAAUGUCCCUAAGUCAGAUGAUAUUUCAGGGUCACCCUGACAUUACUGGGAUUUCAUAAAAUUUGAAACUCCCUUGAUAUCUUUUAAUUGGAAUUUAAAAAAAAAAAUCCAAAUGUUUCGUCCUUCCUGAUUUUGUAAUUUAC